AUGGCUGAUCUACGACCGUUAUCUCAACAUCUGAGAAAUGUUGCAAAUUUCAAUCAAAAAUUAUUUAAUGAUAAUAGAAAUAUACAACCACAACAACAAUUUGAAGAAAGGGGUAGAACGAUAAGUAAAGAUUCAUUACUUAAACCUGAUACAAUUGUAAAUACUAGAGAUGCAUCAAGAUCAACUUCAGCAUCAUCUAUUAAUUUUGUUCCAACUAAAGAUCAACAACAACAAAAUCGUAAAAAAAGUUCAAGAGCUCAUCAUGAAUUAUUACAACAAGCAAUAUUAAAUCAAAAUCUGCAGUUUAAAUCAUCAUUAACUAGAUCUAUCUCGGCUCAUGGAAUACCUCAUAUUGAUCAAACUCAUCAACAUAUUAAACGACAACUCAAUAACACCAAAGAUGAUCAACAACAAUUAAAACAAAGACCUGGGUUUAGAAGAUGGAAUUCAUAUCAAUUACCCGAUUCAUUACCUCAAAAUGAAGAUAAUAAUUCAUCAAAUUUCAUCAAUAAAGAUUCUAUUAGUCCACUAACUGUAUUAAAAGAUCAAUAUGAUACUAAAAGACCCAUAGUAAAUAAUGCAAUGAAUAUGUCAACUGAUAAUUCAUAUAAAGAAUUGGAAAAAAUUAAAAAGGAUUCUACAGAAGAUCAAAUAAAGAUCCAACCAAAUCUUUAUGAAAAAAUGAUUCAUAUGGCUAAUUCUGGAGUAAAUUCUUUAAAAUCGUUAACUGAAAAUGCAUUUUCUGAAAAAACAUCAAAUUUAAUUCAAAGUGAACUGGAUGAUGAUGAUGAUAACAAUAACGUUCUUCCUCAAAAUGAACAAAAAGAUACUCAAUAUCCUAUAGAAAAUUUAGAAAAUGAUUUUAAUUUUCCUAAUGAAUUUAAUGAAAUGAUUAAAGAUAUAACAAAUUUUAAAAAUGAUGAUAAUAAUUUUCCUAAACUAAAUAGAACUCAACAAAAAUUAAUGGAUUAUAAAAAGCUUUAUGAAUAUGAAUUAGAAAAUAAUAACACCACCUCAAAUUCAUUAUCUUAUGAAUUUAAAAUUCAAAAUGAAAAAAUUUUAUCUCAAUAUAAUAAUAUAAGAUUACGUUUUUCAUCAAGAGAAAUAAAUAAAAAACAAAUUGUAACUGAUAUUGGAGUAUUAGGAUUUAUUAAUAGAUAUAAACAAAAUUUAUUAUUAAAUACUACCAAAAAUGCAAAUGUUUUAUCUUCAAAAGAUACUAAUGAAUUAUUAAAAAAAAUUUGGGAUUCUGAAAUAUAA